AUGCUUCGGACCUCAGUGGUCAAAGAUUAUGUCGACAUACAGUAUGGCUUGGUCAGCACUACCGGCCACGGAGCCUAUCUUCCCCUCGGCGCGGAUUCGGAGCGUAUCGGGGUCCUUGAUGCGCAGGUAACGACUUUGCUCUGGCAGCAGGUCGAGAGGGACGUGAUCAUCGGGGACCAGCAGCGAGAAAUCAUUGAUGUACGGGCACAGAACGCCAUCAAUGCCUCCAGCGCCCGGGAGUACCAGCUUCAGGCAAUCGCAAUGCGCAACCAGGCGGCGGUGCAAGCGUCCACGAUCCACGAACACGAGAACACGAUGCACAAGCUGAGAGAUACACUGGCAGGUCGCGACGCAGAGAUUUCCGCAGCUAAGGCUACGCAGGACAGGAUGCAGAAGGAGAUUCGCACCUGGACGGAGGGAUAUCAUCGCCAGACCGGAAGCCUCACAGCAGCGCGCGAGAAAGCUCUUGCUUCGGAAGCCGAGAAGGAUAGCCUGCGAGUGCAGCUGGACAACGCUCUUGAGAAGAUGGCCAGCGAUCGUCAUGCCGUACACGAUAGGAUCACCACACUCGAAGGUCAACUGGAUAAUGCAGAGGAUAGGGCCCAAAAGGCCCAGUGCCAAGCGACAGAGAUCGACGCCGAGCUCGACACAACGCGUAGCACGAUCAGCAUCCUCGAAGGCCACCUAGAUGCCGCGAAUCGCAGAGCGGAGGAUGCCGAGCGCAGGUUGGCGGAGAUGGUGUCCACAAUCACAGCCAUGGGUGCUUCAGACCACAUUCAGACGGCUGCAUCAGCGGAUGACUGGACUGGCAAGAUGGAUGAUGAGGAUGACGGCCGAGCCGACAUGGAGUGCGACAAGGAAGAGAGGGGCGAUCUGAGUGUUCGCAGUCAGAACGAGAGUGGAGCUGUUAGUAGCGCAGAUGCCUGGUCAUACGACCCCAUCUCUUUGGGCUGGUGGCUUGUGCUGAUUGUUCUACUUCUACCAUUCCUGCUGCUGGAGGCUCGGGCUCCUUGA